GCUCAGUCUCAUCUCACUCUCUCUUUUUCAUGAUAGGCCGCUUCCUCCUGCGCCGCAGUCCGACUUGAACAGAUGGGUAACAUCUUGAAAGACGUGCUCCGGCUCUGCCGUGAAAAGGAGGGCCCGGGAUUUCGUUCGCUGUAAGCGGCCGGUGAUGAGAGAUUAUUUCCAGACAUGUAGCCGAGACUGCACACCUCCGUUAUUUGGAAACCUUAAGAAAUUUCAGCGGAAAGUUUUUUUUUUUCUUUUCGACCUCGGAUGGAAGAACUUUUGAGACAAAGCGGUAGCCACGGGGCUGUUUUCUCCCGUGUUUUGGUUGCACUCUGAUAAUACAGAGUCUGUGUUUUUUGUCAGUUAGUGAUAAAAUGGAGGAAACCCGGCACUGAGUGACACAAUGUCUUGGGAGGAGUUCAUCGAGCUCCGUGACCUCAGGUCGACCAAAGAGCAGAUAGAGCUGACGGGAACGCGCGCUCCGUGCUCACCUCCGCGCCUGGAGAGAACCAACGCCCUGAGGAUAAGUCCGGGAAGGGUCCCGGACCUGCUGAGUCGUGCAGGCAUUAUCAGAGUCCUGAGCAGCAGCCAGGACCCACAGCUCACAGAGGAGAAAGGAGAGGGCCACGACUUCCAACCCUGUAGCCACGCUCAGCCCACGUGGUGCGACCUGUGUGGAGACUUUAUCUGGGGCCUUUACAAGCAGAGCCUGCGGUGUGUCAAUUGUAAAUUCACAUGUCACUACCGAUGCCGUGCCCUGAUUCGACUGGACUGCAGCUGGGAACGAGGCUCCUUGGCUGACCCCACAUGUGUCGUGGAGCACACCAUAGAAACGGACACAAAUGUGGAUGAACAGAUUGAAUGUAGUAAGCAGGAGCUGACAGUGGUGGACGUUCAGCAGAAAGUGAAGGAGUACAACGCUCAGAUCAACAGCAAUCUGUUCAUGAACAUGAACAAGGAUGGGUCCUACACUGGCUUCAUAAAGGUGCAGUUCAAGCUGGCCCGACCCGUGUCUGUUCCCACCCCAAAGAAAGGAGGUAACGACACAGGCGGGAGGCGGGCCAGUGGAGUGAAACGGCGCACCUCUUUCUACCUGCCGAAGGACGCGUCCAAGCAUUUGCACAUAAGUUCUCGAACUUCGGCUCGUGAGGUCAUCGAGGCUUUGUUGAAGAAGUUCACCGUUGUGGACAAUCCCGCCAAGUUCGCUCUAUUUGAGCGCAGCGAGCGUCACGACCAAGUUUAUGUCCGUAAGCUUUCUGAUACUGAGCGUCCCCUCCGUCUGCGUCUGUGCGCUGGACCGAAUGAGAAAGUCCUCAGUUUUGUGCUGAAAGAGAACGAAACUGGCGAAGUCAAUUGGCAUGCCUUCUCCAUGCCUGAGUUAAAGAACUUCCUGCGGAUUCUGCAGCGCGAAGAGGAGGAACAUAUCAAGCAGAUCGUGCAGCGCUACGCUUUGGCUCGCACUAAAAUGCAGGAGGCUCUGGCUGGCUCCACACCCGGCUGAGAUGCCCGCGCUCGGAGGGGCUUUAGUGUGCACCUUUUGGCUGGACGAUCACCAGAAGAUGACCGGCCAUCGAUGCAUCCAAAGAUCCCAGAGAAUCCAACUCCAAACGCCUCUUGGUGAACGAGAGUGUGAGACAGGGCGCGAGACUAUGAGAGCGAGCGAGAGAGAGAGAGCGCUAGCGCGAAUGUGCGUGUGAGAUGAUGCGAGAGAUGAGACGUGCCUUACACCUGGAGAGUCUGAUGUGCCUGAGAGAAUGAGUUGAGAGAAUUGAUGACUGGCAGAUGAGACAGUAAUGUCUUUAGCUUUUGGUUACUGUAGGAUUAUCCUGCACCUCAGCUGAAUUAUUUUUCCAGAAAAUCAAAAUUGGUAAUAUGUCAAAUAAUGCAUUUAAUCCCCUUUACCUUCACUCAACAACCCACCAUAAUAAUGAUGCUUCUCACCCUCGAGUUAAACACAUACUUGCUGUAAGGUAUUUGGAUUUUCACUUGACCUAAGCUCCGAGUCUGCCAUGUCCUCUCUUACACCCCUGAUGGGUGCAACUCUGAACUUCACUGACAAUUUGUGAGUGUGACUGAUGUAUGGACAUUUGUAUGGAACUAUGAAUGUCUGCGAGAACAGUGCCCAAGUCACCCUGGUUGACUGGAACCUUGAAUGAAUAUUGCUUUGCAUGUGUUUAACUGGAAGUUUCCUGUCAUUCCUUUAUAUCUUUGUUUUGUUCUGUCCUUUAAAACAAAAUGUUUGUCUUCUGUCACUCUGUUCACUUUCACUGUAUGUAAGUCUAUGCACAAAUUUACUUGUUGUAGCAAUCUUAAGAAUGUCGUGACAAAUGUGCACUGUGUUUAGUAAAGAGUUACAAAAAAAAUUA